AUGUCUUUCCAGAAGCCCGAGAAGGAUUUCGGCGAGGGCCCUAAGGUCCACAAGAUCCGCAUCACCCUCACCUCCCGCAAGGUUGCCUCCCUCGAGAAGGUCUGCCAGGAGCUGAUCGACCGUGCCCGCUCCAAGUCCCUCCAGGUCAAGGGUCCCGUCCGUCUUCCCACCAAGACCCUCCAGAUCUCCACCCGUAAGACCCCCAACGGUGAGGGUUCCAAGACCUGGGACAAGUUCGAGAUGCGCAUCCACAAGCGUCUCAUCGACCUCCUCGCCCCCACCGAGACCGUCAAGCAGAUCAUCAUCAACAUCGAGGCCGGUGUUGAGGUUGAGGUCACCAUUGCCGCAUAA